AGUGAUGAGUUGUAUGAAGAUCAAUAAGAAGAAGUUCAUUCCACUCAAGACCAACCUGUUCAUGGCUAAAUUUAUGGAACAAGAAAGAAGGAGGACAUCUCCUCUAAGAGCCAGCUAUACCCUAAUUCCUAACCAGAGAUACCGACGUAGCUACCGCCGUUCUCGCAAGUUUAGCAAAACCCCGGAUACAGAUUCUCUAUCUUUGUCAACCCUUGGGAAUUUCAGAACACUUCCUUUAGAAAUAUUUCACAUGAUUUUAGAAUAUUUGCCAGUGAAGGAUAUAAGCAUGCUAAGCAUGGUAUCAAAGACUAUCAGCUACCGCCUUAUUAAUUACAUCUCGAGUCCUUCAGGAAACAGAAGGCUUUUGCUACGUGACUUUCAUAACCCUGGCCUACUUGGCUGUAGGAAAGGAUUCUCCAUUCUAGAGCACUACAGAUCCUUAGCUCUGUUGCUAAAAAGGUGUACUUUAUUGCUGCCCACAAAGGAGAGGUUGAAAUACAUACACAACAUACUUUCAGAAAUUUCCUGCUUUAAACUUAAUGGUUGCUUGGAUCCUUUGCACUGUUCUGGACUACAAUGUUAUGGGGUCUUUUUACAGAUGUUAACAGCUGGCUGGGAUGAAUUAGAAUGUCAUUGUGUUUAUAACUUCCUCUGUGACCUGACUAGUUUACCCCGGAGAGUCCACACAGUUGUCAGCGGCAAGCCUGGUAAAAGUUCCAUGUACAGAGAGGGAAGUGCUCGAAAGCUGGAGCUGAGGAUAAGAAUAUUUUGCCGCAGUGUCCUGUUAAAUCACUGGGUUAAUCAAAGUGAUUCUGCAUUUUGGCUAACACGUAUUUUAAAACCUUGGCCGAUGGUAAAUCAAGCCCGACUACUAUAUAUUAUAUUUGGGCCUAUCUCUACUCUGGAUGGGCAUGUGGUUUGGCAGAAAAUGACUGACAAUCCAACAGAUGAAACCAGUUUGAAAGGGCUGGCAGAUGCCAUUAAGUUGCUUUAUGACACAGAGGCAAAGGAGUGGACAGCAGAUGAUGUGAUCAGUCUGUUGGAUGAACUUUCAGUAGUUCCCAGGGAAUGGCUACUGGAAAACAGUGCCCGUCUUCUUAUCUUGUGUGGAAACAAUAUCUGCUUCACAUUUAUGGCUAGUAAGGCAGUGAAUGGCAGAGCUGUUGAACUAGCAAGACUUACAGUUUUCCUAGCUUUGGUAUGUGAGAAGGACCUCUAUUGCAUGGACUGGGCUGUCAAAAUGAUGCAGAAGGUCUGCAAGGUUUUCAGAACACAGGGAGAAAGGAAUAACUUCCUGCAAAGUGUAGAGAAUGCCUUUGCACAUAUUAUCAUGGAAGCACUUCAGUCAGUGAUAUCUGGAGAGCAUGAUGAGGAAGACAGCAGCUUUCUAAACCUGUUUCAUCUGGUAAAUGCACAAGCAAAUUUUCAUAAGGAAAUUCUUUAUCUGACCAUGAACAACAGAAUGUAAAAUUCUUUAAAUCUUGAUGUUUUGGAGAGGAUGGCACCCUGAACAGAAAAACAAAUCUUCC